AUGGCCCUGCAUGCAGGGGUUGUCCUCACUCUUGUAAAGUACUGUGGACAUUUUUGGACUUGGAAGUCUUCUAUUAUCCCAUACAAUCGCGUUCUCUACGCUCAAGACUUAUGCCAUCGGCAGCACAUUGCCCUCUGUACUCCUCUGUCCUUCAUUCUCGCCAUUUUUUCAGAGAUGCCCUCACCAUUUAAUCUUCCGAGAAGGAAUGCAAACAUGAGACUCUACAUUCUAUUACCCAUUCUUGCCGCCAUUAAACUCUGCAGUGCCGGCUGGCCCCGGUGUUUGAGGUGUUGCUCUGGAGGAGACGCUGAAGAAGGUAUAGAAAUAAUCAACGAGCAAGUUGGUGGACAAGUGAAAGAAGAGGAAUACUCCCUCAAUUUGAUGAGUCCAAAUGAUGAUAAAGUAAACGUCAGGGUGUUGAACAAUGACGGGGUUACAUGCAAGGAGUACACUCCCAGGGAAGAGUGUAAAAUCGUAGCCAUCAAGCAUGACGAUAAGGAGCUUUGGAAGGCAAAGAAGAAGCAGGAAUGCAUGAUCGCACUCUUGUUGGUCCAAGGAGAGGUCAAGCUGCUCUAUGUAAACAUCAACAACUCUGGGAAAUCAGAAGUAGCCACGUUUGAACAAGUGGAAGGGUCGUGGACCAAGAUCACAAAGAGAGAUUUUAUCAACAAAUACAUGCGAAUGAGAUUGGCAUCCCUAUCUAUGAAGGCCGGAUCAAAGAAAUCGGCCGAGUAG